AUGACAACCCACCGCGCAGCCCUCCUGCAAGCCAAAACCACCCGCUUCACAAUGUCACCCGUGCCAACACCAACCCCAGGCCCAGGCGAACUCCUCAUCCAGGUAAAAGCCCUCGCAAUCAACCCCGUCGACACCGCCCAGCGCGACAAAGGCUUCCCUCCGAUCCCCAGCUACCCCGCCGUAAUCGGGUCCGAUGUAUCCGGCAUCGUCGUCUCAACGGGCCCCGAUGUCCCAGACUCCGCGCCACAGCCAGGAUCCCGCGUCACGGCAAUGGCGUCCUCGUUCUACACGGGGAAGAUGCAGUACGGUGCGUUUCAGGAAUUUGUCCUUGCGGGCUGGAAUGGGGUUAUCCCGUUGCCGGAGAGUCUGAGUUUUGAGGAUGCCGCGGUGUUUCCGCUUGCGAGUUUAGCAGCGCUUUCGGGGUUUACGACUAUUGGUAUCCCGUUGGAUGCAAGGUUUACAACCGAGGACAAGAGGGCGGUCUUGCUUUGGGGUGGUGCGAGUAGUGUGGGCACGAUGGCGAUUCAGUUUGCGAGACAGAUGGGCCUUGUUGUUUAUACGACUGCUAGCGCGAAGAACCACGAAUAUCUCAAGUCGCUAGGAGCUCAUCGGACAUUCGAUUACCACAACGCGGACGUCGUUUCUCAGAUUGUGGAUGCAGUCAAGGAGGAUGGGGUGACAUUGACCGACGCACAAACCUUUGCCUGGAACUCGCUCCAGUCCGUACUCGAUGUACUCAAAGAAACGAAAGGGGAUAAGCUGGGGAAGGUUGGGCAUGCACCGCCGUUGUUGCCGGAUGCUCCUUCCAUGGAGGGCGUUGAGGUCAAGUUUGUCUUGCCGCCAAUGGAGCCAGCCGCACGAGAACAGCACAAGAACCAGGUCUUCCAUGGCUGGCUGAAGCCUGGCCUUGAGAAUGGGACGGUGGUUCCUAGCCCACAGGUACAGCUCGUCGAAGGCGGGCUGGAAGGAUUGAACGCGGCGCUGGAUAUCAUCAAGGAUGGGGUUAGUGCGACUAAGCUUGUGGUCAAGGUUUAG